AUCUGAUGAACUGCUGAAUCUAGCUCCUCAAUUCUUAGCUCAUCUUCCAUAACUUGUUUAAAGUUAUCAUCCACAUCUGCUAGAGAUAGGGCGCUUCGUAAUUGUCAGAUUUCUGUCAGGCACUGCGUGGGUCACCUCACAUGACGGCGUAUUGGCUGACGAAGGACCCACCAACGGCGUCUGAUCGUUGCCUUCACGGAGUUUCAUGGAGAUUGUUUGCGUAAAUGAAACUUUAUCCAUCUGAAAUCAGAAUCAUCUUAUCUAACACGCCGUCUUGAGCUGGGCUAAGUGCUCUGUUCGUAGCCCCUGAAGAACUUUGUGGGGAAGCCACAGAAAGGGAGCCAUGUUUCUUUACAACAUCACCUUACAGCGUGCCACGGGCAUCAGUCACGCCAUCCAUGGAAACUUCUCAGGAACCAAGAUGCAGGAGAUUGUUGUUUCUAGGGGAAAGAUCUUGGAAUUAUUGCGGCCAGACGCCAACACAGGAAAGGUGCACACUCUGCUUACAGUGGAGGUGUUUGGCAUCGUUAGGUCCCUGAUGGCAUUCAGACUCACUGGAGGAACCAAAGACUACAUUGUUGUUGGAAGUGACAGUGGUCGUAUUGUCAUCCUGGAAUAUCAUCCAUCCAAAAACAUGUUUGAGAAGAUCCAUCAGGAAACUUUUGGAAAGAGUGGCUGCCGGCGCAUCGUCCCCGGACAGUUCCUUGCUGUCGACCCAAAAGGCCGAGCUGUUAUGAUAGGAGCCAUUGAGAAACAGAAGCUGGUUUAUAUUCUGAACAGAGAUGCAGCUGCAAGAUUGACUAUCUCCUCUCCACUGGAAGCCCAUAAAGCAAACACGUUGGUCUACCAUGUAGUAGGAGUCGACGUCGGCUUUGAAAAUCCCAUGUUUGCCUGCCUCGAGAUGGACUAUGAGGAAGCCGACAAUGACCCAACUGGAGAAGCUGCCGCCAACACGCAACAGACACUCACCUUUUACGAGCUGGAUCUCGGUUUGAAUCACGUGGUCCGCAAGUACAGUGAGGCUUUGGAAGAGCAUGGGAAUUUCCUCAUCACUGUUCCUGGUGGUGCAGAUGGGCCCAGUGGAGUUCUGAUCUGCUCUGAAAACUACAUCACUUACAAGAAUUUUGGAGACCAGCCUGACAUUCGCUGUCCCAUCCCACGGCGCAGGAAUGACCUGGAUGACCCAGAGCGUGGCAUGAUAUUUGUCUGCUCAGCCACUCACAAGACCAAGUCCAUGUUCUUCUUCCUGGCCCAAACUGAGCAGGGAGACAUCUUUAAGGUUACCCUGGAAACAGAUGAAGAAAUGGUAACAGAAAUCAGGCUGAAAUACUUUGACACUAUCCCUGUGGCAACAGCCAUGUGUGUCCUGAAGACGGGCUUCUUGUUUGUGUCUUCAGAAUUUGGAAACCAUUACCUUUACCAGAUCGCCCACUUGGGUGACGAUGACGAGGAGCCUGAGUUCUCCUCUGCAAUGCCACUGGAAGAGGGAGACACCUUCUUCUUCCAACCCCGCCCCCUCAAAAAUCUUGUGCUAGUGGACGAACAGGAGAACUUAUCACCCAUCAUGUCCUGUCAGAUUGCUGAUUUGGCCAAUGAAGAUACACCACAGUUGUACGUUGCCUGUGGACGAGGACCACGGUCUACUCUGAGGGUCCUUAGACAUGGAUUGGAGGUAUCAGAGAUGGCUGUGUCUGAGCUGCCCGGUAACCCCAAUGCUGUGUGGACAGUACGCAGACAUGUGGAAGAUGAGUUUGAUGCCUACAUCAUAGUAUCUUUCGUGAACGCUACUCUGGUUCUGUCUAUCGGGGAGACUGUAGAGGAAGUGACAGAUUCUGGAUUUCUGGGAACAACGCCUACUCUCUCCUGCUCACUGCUCGGUGAAGACGCGCUAGUGCAGGUGUACCCAGAUGGUAUUCGCCAUAUCCGAGCUGACAAGCGUGUGAAUGAGUGGAAGACUCCUGGCAAAAAAACCAUUGUCCGCUGUGCUGUGAACCAGCGUCAGGUUGUUAUUGCACUCACUGGAGGGGAGCUGGUCUACUUUGAGAUGGACCCGUCUGGCCAACUGAAUGAGUAUACAGAGCGGAAGGAGAUGUCUGCAGAUGUGGUUUGUAUGAGCCUGGCUAACGUUCCACCUGGCGAGCAACGCUCGCGAUUCCUGGCCGUGGGACUUGUUGACAACACUGUCCGAAUCAUCUCCCUGGACCCUUCGGACUGCCUACAGCCGCUGAGCAUGCAGGCCUUGCCAGCCCAGCCAGAGAGUCUGUGUAUUGUUGAGAUGGGAGGGGUCGAGAAACAGGACGAACUUGGAGAAAAGGGAACCAUCGGCUUCCUUUACCUCAACAUAGGGCUUCAGAAUGGUGUGCUGCUGAGGACUGUGUUGGACCCAGUGACAGGUGACCUGUCAGAUACCAGAACGCGAUACUUGGGGUCGCGACCUGUCAAACUCUUCAGAGUCCGGAUGCAGGGACAGGAAGCUGUGCUGGCAAUGUCCAGUCGCUCCUGGCUUAGCUAUUCGUACCAGUCUCGUUUCCAUCUGACCCCUCUGUCAUAUGAGACUCUAGAGUACGCCUCUGGCUUUGCCUCCGAGCAGUGCCCUGAGGGCAUAGUGGCCAUUUCUACCAACACAUUGAGAAUCUUGGCUUUAGAGAAAUUAGGUGCCGUCUUCAACCAGGUGGCCUUUCCUCUGCAGUACACUCCCAGAAAAUUUGUAAUCCACCCAGAGACCAACAACCUCAUUUUGAUUGAGACGGACCACAAUGCAUACACUGAGGCAACCAAAGCCCAGAGAAAGCAACAAAUGGCUGAGGAGAUGGUGGAAGCUGCUGGUGAGGAUGAAAGAGAAUUGGCUGCCGAGAUGGCCGCUGCCUUUCUAAACGAGAAUCUCCCAGAAGCCAUAUUUGGUGCACCUAAAGCUGGAGCAGGACAGUGGGCCUCGCUGGUGCGUCUGGUCAAUCCCAUACAGGGUUCAACUCUGGACCAGGUGCAGCUGGAACAGAAUGAAGCUGCCUUCAGUGUUGCAGUGUGUCGUUUCCCCAACACAGGAGAUGAUUGGUAUGUUCUGGUGGGUGUUGCCAGAGACAUGAUUCUCAACCCCAGAUCAGUGAGCGGCGGCUUUAUCUACACCUAUCGGCUCAUCAGUGGAGGGGAGAAACUGGAGUUCGUGCACAAAACCCCAGUAGAGGACGUGCCUUUGGCCAUUGCUCCUUUCCAGGGACGAGUCCUGGUGGGAGUUGGGAAACUGCUGAGAAUCUACGACCUGGGAAAAAAGAAGCUACUUCGCAAGUGUGAAAACAAGCACGUUCCCAACCUGGUGACUGGCAUCUACACAAUUGGCCAGCGUGUGAUUGUGACUGACGUUCAGGAGAGCUUGUUCUGGGUUCGUUACCGACGCAACGAGAACCAGCUCAUCAUCUUUGCCGAUGACACAUAUCCCCGCUGGGUGACCACGGCCUGUCUGCUCGACUACGACACCAUGGCCUCUGCUGACAAGUUUGGGAACAUCAGCAUUGUGCGUCUACCCCCCAACACCAGCGAUGAUGUGGAUGAAGACCCCACAGGGAACAAAGCUUUAUGGGACAGAGGCCUCCUUAAUGGAGCAUCACAGAAGGCUGAGGUGAUAAUGAACUACCACGUAGGAGAGACGGUGUUAUCCCUCCAGAAAACCACUCUGAUCCCUGGGGGUUCAGAGUCCAUGGUCUACACCACUCUGUCUGGAGGCAUCGGCAUACUGGUCCCAUUCACCUCGCAUGAGGACCAUGACUUCUUCCAGCAUUUAGAGAUGCAUAUGCGCUCUGAGUUCCCCCCACUGUGCGGCAGAGACCAUCUCAGCUUUAGAUCCUACUACUUCCCAGUGAAGAAUGUGAUUGACGGAGAUCUCUGUGAGCAGUUUAACAGUAUGGACCCUCACAAGCAGAAAAGUGUGGCGGAAGAGCUGGACAGAACGCCACCCGAGGUCUCUAAGAAACUGGAGGACAUUCGCACUCGCUACGCCUUCUAGGCAUACAUCUUCAUGAUCCUUAUUACAUGGAAACAUACCACAAGCUGUCACAUGCACCUCUUUGCCAACUUAAAUACCCGGAAUCUAAAACCUAUAACUAACUAAAACUAAGCGUGUGAAGAUACACCAACACAGCAUUGACGUCAUCUCCCUCCCCAUGUACAUACUUACCGGCUCACUUACUGAGAACUUUUACAUUUUUCACACCUCCCCUAUGCUGUUGUCAGCAGAAACCACACACAUACACAGCAACACCUUUGCAUGGAAACAUGGCAGUUCAGAUCUCAUACAUUGCAAGAUUGUGUUGCCAAAAUUCCCUCAAUUCAUUCGAACAACGGUGUGAACAGAAUUCACACGCACCCAAUUGCGCGACGAGUAACUGUCUGCACCCUAAGAGUACACACAUGCGGACCCUAAGAAGGGGAGGGUAGUUAUGGACUGUAGAGGUCAGGUUGCCUGGACAGAAGACACUUGAGGCUGAGAAUAUUUUUAGUAUUUUUUGUUUAGUAAGAAGGUGUGUUUCACUUUGUGUGUCUUUUUGAUCUUAGCUAAAUUAAACAAGCAUGUUUUUGUAUGGUAUGAUUUGUUUAAUGCGUAUUGAUUACAAUUAUGUUAUGAUGCAUUUACCAUAGUCCACAAUGGUAUUGUUAAGUCCUAGCCCCUCGACCUACCUGUCUGUCUCACAACAUGUUGGCCCCAGGCUCAUUAAAGCAUAUUGCUUACUUGCAACUGGGAAGCAAAAUGAAGCCACCGACUAACCCACUCUAAGCCUUAGGCCAUGGUUCAGGCAGUGUUGCCAUACUGUGGCAUUAGACGACGGCUGAACUCAGACUAAAUAAGUGGGUGGAAGAACACUGAAGGUUUGCGCUGGGUGUUGUUCUUCUCAGUUCUGUAAAUUCCCAACCUCAGCCACAGGCACAGACAUAGCAUUCCUCAGUAGUCACUGAAUUUUGGGGGUUUUGGGAUGGGGGCAGUGGUUGGUUUUUGUAAAUAAAUUUUUGUGCUUUAUAAUACCA